AGUAUGAUUUAUUUUGUGUAGUGUGUAGUACAGUAUUGUGGUGUUCGAACUUAUGAAAGUUCUUGAAAUUUAACUAAGUCAAUGUAUUGUUUUCAUUCCAAACCCAUUCUUUAUAUAGAUCAAUUCAAGUAAAAUUUUACAUAGUUAUUUUAAAGUUAGUUCUAACCAGAAAACGCCUCUAUGAAAGGAGCUAUGGAACUAAGAGUUGGAAACAAGUAUCGACUUGGAAGAAAAAUCGGUAGUGGAUCUUUUGGUGACAUUUAUCUUGGUACAAACAUAACGACGGGUGAAGAAGUUGCUAUCAAACUCGAAUGUAUCAAAACCAAACAUCCUCAGUUGCAUAUUGAGAGCAAGUUUUACAAGAUGAUGCAAGGAGGAGUUGGAAUUCCCAUCAUUAAAUGGUGUGGUUCAGAAGGUGAUUACAAUGUCAUGGUGAUGGAACUACUAGGGCCAAGUUUGGAAGACCUCUUUAAUUUCUGUAACCGCAAAUUUAGUUUGAAAACAGUACUUCUCUUAGCUGAUCAGUUGAUCAGCAGAAUAGAAUACAUCCAUAGCAAGAACUUCAUUCAUAGAGACAUCAAGCCAGACAACUUCUUGAUGGGUUUGGGUAAGAAAGGAAACCUGGUGUAUAUUAUCGACUUUGGCUUAGCCAAGAAGUACAGGGACUCUCGUACCCACCAGCACAUACCUUACAAGGAGAACAAAAAUCUUACGGGGACAGCUCGAUACGCCAGCAUCAACACCCACCUAGGGAUAGGUAAGGUAGUACAAGUUUGAUAGCUGUGGUGUUGGCAUGUAGUAACUUCUUAAACAGUUCCAGCAUCAACACCCACCUAGGGAUAGGUAAGGUAGUACAAGUUUGAUAGCUGUGGUGUUGGCAUGUAGUAACUUCUUAAACAGUUCCAGCAUCAACACCCACCUAGGGAUAGGUAAGGUAGUACAAGUUUGAUAGCUGUGGUG